UAGUGCUCUAACAAGCCUAAGUAAAAUUCAAUUUACUUUCGACAAAUCUGUAAAAGAAAAAAAAACUUUUCAAAAUGAAGGUUACAUUGGUAUUCAUUGCUGUUUUGUUCGCUAUCAUUGCACUCACCUAUGCUGAAGCCGAGCCAGAACCAGAAGCAUCAGCCGAUCCAGAAUUGUUUGGAAAUCGUUUAAUUCUUGGGCAUCAUGGAAAAAAUUCCAAUUUGGGAUUAAAAGAAAAAAAAACAGUUACAGUUCGUCGUUGCCGAUGCAGACGACGAAGAUGCCCAUCUGCCAGUGCUGCAACUUGUCCAAAUGUCUGUGGUUCAACAUCGUCAAGUAACAGCACAUCUAGUACAGCGUCGACCGCAUCAACUGCCUCAACUGCUUCCACAUAAAUCCAACUCUCAUAGACAACUUUAUAGAUUUUCAAUGGAACCGAUUAUCCUUGCUCCUCAUUUAUUCGUGCUAUUUAUUACGAAACGAUUAGACUAGUUCAUAAAUAUUGUUCAAUUAAUUGCACAGAACAAAUUUUACUUUUAGUAAAUUAAAACAAUAUCCAAUAAUAAAAGUUAAAUAUUUAUUCAUGCAAAUUAA